AUGGGAUUUUCAAUUAAGAAAUUGGUAAGAAACCAUUCUGAAGGAAAUGAUAGUACUGAUAUUUCAUCAGAUUUAGAACAACAAAACUAUCCAGUUGUACUAGAUGAAAAAAAUGAAUUUGUUGGAAAAGUUAAUUCUAUUUCAAACACAAAUUCAAACACUGAAAAACAUGCUAUAUAUGAAUCCGUCAGCAAUGAUGACGACACAAAUGACCUUUAUGCUAUUGAAUCGGCCAUUGAGACUAAAUUAUCAUGGUUUAACAGAUUAGCAGUAUAUUUAAAUGCCGAAACUAAAGGUAUUGAACCUGUUAGUGUAGAAGAAAGAAACCCUGAUGAAUCUGUUGUCAGUGCUGCAUCGAUGUGGUUUUCAGCAAAUAUGGUUAUUGCAGCUUAUGCACUAGGUGGUUUAGGACCACUGAUUUAUCAAUUAAAUUUUGGUACUUCUGUCCUUGUCAUUAUUUUUUUCAAUAUUCUAGGGUUAUUACCUGUCGCAUAUUUUUCUAUCUUUGGUUGUGAAUUAGGUCUAAGACAAAUGGUGUUAUCUAGAUUCUUGCUAGGUAAUCUAACAGCUAGAAUAUUUGCUUUGAUUAACGUUGUUGCUUGUGUCGGUUGGGGUAUUGUUAACACUGUGGUAUCAGCUCAAUUGUUAAACAUGGUUAAUCAUGCUUCUGGACAUGAAUGUCCAUUAUGGGCAGGUUGUCUAAUUAUCGUUGGUUGUACUGUUGCAGUGACAUUUUUCGGUUAUCGUGUUAUUCAUGCAUAUGAAAAAUGGUCAUGGGUCCCAAAUUUUGCUGUGUUUUUGGUUAUCAUUGCACGUUUAGCUAAAUCUCAUAAUUUUAGUAAUGGUGAAUGGACUUCAGGUCCAACUACUGCAGGUAAUGUUCUUUCUUUUGGUUGUACUGUUUAUGGGUUUGCUACUGGCUGGACCACUUAUGCAUCCGAUUAUACCGUAUAUAUGCCAAAGAAUACAAACAAAUACAAGAUUUUCUUCUCAUUGGUCGCAGGUCUAUCUUUCCCGUUGUUCUUCUGUAUGAUUUUAGGUGCUGCUUCUGCCAUGGGUGCUGUAAAUGAUCCAACUUGGAAUCAAUAUUAUCAACAAAACUCUAUGGGUGGUUUAACUUAUGCUAUUUUGGUGCCUAACUCCUUACAUGGAUUUGGACAAUUCUGUUGUGUUCUGUUAGCCAUGUCUACUGUUGCUAACAACGUUCCAAAUAUGUAUACCAUUGCCCUGUCUGCACAAGCCAUGUGGGGCCCAUUCACAAAAGUUCCAAGAGUGGUGUGGACUCUUGCAGGUAAUGCAGCCACUGUUGGUAUUGCAAUUCCAGCGUGUUACUACUUUGAAGGUUUCAUGCAAAAUUUCAUGGAUUCUAUUGGUUAUUAUUUGGCCAUCUACACAGCUAUCGCGCUUUCGGAGCAUUUCAUCUAUAGAAAGAAUUCUUUCAAAAAUUAUAAUGUUGAAGAUUGGAAUGAUAAUAGUAAAUUACCAAUUGGUAUUGCAGGUACAGCAGCCCUAAUCGUCGGUGCGUUUGGUGUCGCUUUGGGUAUGUGUCAGACUUACUGGGUCGGAGAGAUCUCGAGAUUAAUUGGUAAAUAUGGUGGUGAUAUAGGGUUUGAAUUAGGUGCAUCAUGGGCAUGUAUUGUUUACAACAUAAUACGGCCAUUUGAAUUAAAAUAUUUUGGUCGUUAA